AUGUUUAUGGCAAGAUCGGAAUAUGAUCGGGGUAUCAACACCUUCUCCCCCGAAGGCCGGCUCUUCCAGGUCGAGUACUCGCUCGAGGCUAUCAAGCUCGGAAGCACCGCCAUCGGCGUCGCCACCGCCGAGGGCGUCAUCCUGGGCGUGGAGAAGCGCGUGACGUCGACGCUGAUGGAGGUCAGCUCGGUCGAGAAGAUUGUCGAAAUUGACCGCCACAUUGGCUGCGCCAUGAGCGGCCUGCAGGCCGACGCCCGCAGCAUGGUCGAGCACGCCCGCGUCGAGUGUCAGAGCCACGCGUUCAACUACGCCGAGCCGCUGAGCGUCGAGAGCUGCACCCAGGCCAUCUGCGAUCUCGCCCUGCGCUUCGGCGAGUCCGCCGACGGCGAGGACAGCAUCAUGAGCCGCCCCUUCGGCGUCGCCCUGCUCAUCGCUGGCUACGACUCCGACAUUGGCCCCGACGGCAAGGAGGGCGGCCCCGCCCUCUAUCACGCCGAACCCAGCGGCACCUUUUACCGCUACGACGCAAAAGCCAUCGGCUCCGGCUCCGAGGGCGCCCAGGCCGAGCUGCAGAACGAGUAUCACAAGUCUCUCACCCUCGCCGACGCCGAGACUCUCGUCCUCAAGACGCUCAAGCAGGUCAUGGAGGAGAAGCUGGACGAGAAGAACGUUCAGCUGGCCAGUGUCACAAAAGAAAAAGGCUUCCGGUUAUACACCGACGAAGAAAUGGCCGCUGUCGUCGCCCGGCUACCAGCAAACUAA